AUGCUACUCACUCUAUUCCUCACCCUCACCUGGCCACCUCUCCUUCUUGGCCUAUGUGCAGUGCUCCUCUCGCUUUACUACCUCUUCCUCCAGCCACCAACGCAUCCUCGCAACAUCCCCCACCUCCCCUUCUGGGUCACUCUGCUGCCUCUUUUCCACGAUGUCGACCAGCAGGUGACCUUCCAGAAAUACAUCCGGGCCCCUCUUGAGAAACACGGCGCCAUCAAGAUCUUCUUCGGCGGUCAAUGGAAUGUGAUUAUCCAGCGGUCCACUUACCUGACCGAAGUGUUUAGGAACGAGCGUGUCUUUCAGAAGAUGGGAAACCAGAAAAAGAUCCCGCAUAGUGUGUUGGCGGACUUUUUGGGCGACAAUAUCAUCUCAUCUCGCGGCGAUGACUGGCUGCUCUAUCGCAGACUCAUCAAGCCGGGCUUAUCGUCGCAGUUCAAUCCUAUUCCCAUCUGCGAAAACGCGACCAACCUUUGUGGAAUAUUUCUUCAGGCGCAGGGUCGUGCAGGCGGACAGGGAGUCACCGUUCAGGGCAUCCUGCAACGCUACUCCAGCGCCAACCUGCUGCAGGGGGUAUUGGGAGUGCCGGAACUUGGGGCCCAAAUGAUGGCCAUGGAAGAUGCAGUGCCCCUGUACAGCAUCCAGAUGGACCUGAAGAAGUACCUGUUCCACCCCAUCUUCAUGAGCUUCCCUGUGCUGGACUACUGGCUGGGCUCCCUCAUCCCCUCCCGCGUCAAGGCUCGACAGCUCGUCCAGGAAUUCUCUGGCGAGCUGCAGACGCAGGUGCUACAAGGUCAAGCCGAUAGUGUGGCCAGGAGUCUGGUGCAGGCCAAGCGAGAUGGAUUGCUGACUGCAAAGCAAUUCCGCGAUAACCUCAACGUUCUCUACGUGGCAGGGCAGGAGAACCCGCAACUCUUGCUGAUCUCCUCGCUGUAUCUGCUUGGGAAGUAUCCACAAGUCCAAGCGCGCCUCCGCGACGAGAUUCGGAAAUUACCCAUUGAUGAUCUCCAUCAAGGCCCCUGGGACACCCUCCCGUAUCUGACAGCUACGAUUCUCGAGUGUCUGCGCCUCUUCCCCCCCAUCGGACAACUGAUCAAUCGCCGGGUCUCCUCCUCCGUCCUGCUGGGCGACGGCCACAUCCAUCUCCCCCCGGGGACGUACGUGGGAUAUAACUCGUAUGGCACGAAUCGCGACCCUGCCGCUUGGGGCCCAACGGCGGACGAGUUCCUCCCAGAGCGAUGGGGCAGCUCACACGAAGAGAUUGCUCACAGGUACCAGCGGGCCAAGGCGCAGGCGGAGUUCAUCUCAUUUCAUGGGGGAUUGCGUGCGUGUCUGGGGGAACGGUUUGCCUUGUUGGAAAUGCACAUUUCUCUCUUCAUCCUUGUGCAGAGGCUCACUUGGGUUCUGGACCCGCAGUGGCCUGAUCGAAUGACCCCAGCUGGACCUUUGCACCCUCGGGGCUUACGCUUGGUUUUUUCAGCUUUAGAGGCCUGA